GUCUACUUUACUUUUUUCUUAGGUCCAUCUACGUUAACACAAAUCCAGAAAAUCUAAGUGAAUAACGUUCUAUUUCGUCCAUCGUCCUCGCAAAUCGGACAGCUCAGAUCUCAGCUUGUAUUAUGGCUGACACGAAAGCAAAGGAAGCUACAAUCUCCGUAAAAGUAAUCGUAGACAAAGUGAAUAAGAGAGUGGUGUACGCUUACUUUUACGGAGUCUAGCGUUUGUUGACAUUCUCUUCAGCUUCAUGACAUUGCCCUUCGGAACAAUUGUCAGGCUCUUGGAGAAACACGAUGAUAAAAAGUUUGAGGGUCUUGGGAGCUUGAAAAAUCUGUACGAGAGUCUAGAGAAUUUUCCCGAGUGUUACCUACCGACAGAAGAAUGCAAAUACAUGCUUCUUAACCCCAGAACUCUGGCAUAUGAUCAUUGCAGGAAUCUUAAACUGCAAAUAGACAAUACUGAGCCCUUGAAAUACUUUCAGUGUGAUGUAUGUCGAAAGGGCUAUCCCAUUAAAUCAGUUUUCGGCACUUGUACUACAACUAAAUGCAUAACAUAUGGAAAGUUGGUAGAUAAGGAUGUUGGAUUCAAGAAAACCGACGUUUGUGUUAGUGGUGGUGGUGUUUUUGUUUCUGAUAUUGGAGCUUUUAUUGUAACUGAUGAUCUUUGUGUGAUGCCUUAUACUUCUGCAAAUAGCAUUCGGUUGCUGACAGAUCAUGGAAUUACUGACCAGAGCUGUUUAGAGGACCUCAAAUUAGACAUGGGCCGUGAAGAGAUUCUUCAUCUUUUAAAGAUGGCACUAUCACUUGAUUCUGUGUUCACUUAUUUAGUUUUCAAUAGGAUUUCAUCGAUCCGAGAUUUAGUUGUUCCCAGCCAAAGAAGUGAUAUUGACCAAACCGUCUUAAUGAAAAAAGACGUAUCUUUGCAAAAGUCAACUGGAAAGCUUUUAUUUGCAGAAGCCCGAGGAGAUUUUAUUCUGUUACUCUUUGAUAUUUUAUCAUUUCCUUUAGGAACGGUGGUUGGGGAACUGAUGAAAGUCGGUGUUUCUUCGCUAACUUGUAUAAAUAAUAUUUUUAAAAGCAUUUCAGACAUGAGUGUAAGAAGAUACCUUAAGUCACAAGAUAUCAAGGAUAUCUUGCUUAAACCUCAGUUUCCUCCAAUACACCACCUUUUUCAAUUGAAAGGCACCCCGUUACAUUACGGUGAUCUUAGUUGUAAAGAUCUGAAGAUAGACAAAGGACUACUAAAACAAUCUGGAAUGUUUAUUGUGACAGACGAUUUGAUCAUAACCCCAUCCUCGUCAUAUUCGACUCUGUGUACUCUCAACAACAAGAAAGUCUCCUUCGAUGAUAUUGAGACAUAUGAGAUUAGCAUUGGCUCAACAGAGGGAUUGAAAAUUCUGAAUGCAUCGCUAAGAUCUUGCUCGACUCUGACUGAUAGCCUUGAGCAUCUACUUAAAAAGUGAACAUGGAAUUUUCAUGCGUUUCUUUAUUUACUUUUUGUGUUAGAACGCUUUCUGUCUUCCCAGAACAUUAUCUGUUAAGAUUUCGCUGUUAUGUAUACUUCCAGCAUGUUAUAUUCAUAUUCGUAUGGUAUUGCAUA